UGUAUUGUUCGACUAACACUAUAUUGCUAGCUAGCCAGCCAGCGUUAGCCACAGCUUGCUAGCUAGUUAGCUAACGUUAGCAGGCUAACCUCAGCCAGAGAGGACUGGAAGCGAGCAUUUUUUUGCGUGGUUUCGGGGAAAGGCCCGCGAGCUGGCUAGUCAUUCUUUCAUGCAAAUAUCAUUGAUGGGUUGUCAUUGUCACAGUUGAUGAAUACAAUGGCAUAGUCAGACGUAGCCUUUCAUUGCAUGGGUUAUUUUAAUUGUACCAAUAGUGCGCACAUUAAGCACGCCAGCUAGGCCAAUUAUUAACUUGCAAGCUAACGUUACUGUCUAGCUAAUGAACCUAUGAUUGUUGCAAGAUGAUCGUUCAUGUGUUGGUUACUCGCAAAUUGUCUAGAACAGCGUUCUACUUUUAAAUAACCUCUACAUCUCGUGGUAGUGGAUUGCUUUCUAGUGAGUUUUCAACGUGUGCCUCUCCGGCGAUGAAAUUCUUGGUUGUAUGUCAUUAUCAUCAAUGACGGGGGUUGAGUAGGGCUCACAGUUCAGAACGUAGUUAGCAGACCUUGAAUGAAAUGUAGCCAGGUACUAGCUACAACUCAUAAUGAAAGGAAGUCAACGACAGAGUGAAGUGAGGUGAUAAUAGGGGAGAACCUGCUUCCCAAUCGCAGUACGAGGAUCUAGGAGGAAAGAGGGAUUCACCACUAAAGGGACGAAGCCAUGAUUGUGCAACACUACCCUAUCUAACCAAUGGGAGUGGAAUGGUAGCUGUGCUGGUGGAAACCUUUCCUGAAAGUGACAAAGCAAUGACAGGGGGAAUAUAAUGGCCAAGAACAAGGAGGCACGCCCCCUAACAUAUGCUGUCAGUGUUGUUGGCCUCUCAGGGACAGAGAAGGAGAAGGGCAACUGUGGCGUGGGCAAGUCCUGCCUAUGCAACAGAUAUGUGCGCUCCAACGCGGACAGCUACUACACUGAGCACACUUCUGUGUUGAGCACAAUUGACUUUGGAGGUCGCGUGGUGAACAAUGAUCACUUCCUCUACUGGGGUGAAGUGCCACACCGAAGUGAUGACGGGCUCGAGUGUAAAAUUCAAAUCAUUGAACAAACAGAGUUCAUUGAUGAUCAGACUUUCUUGCCCCAUCGCAGCACAAACCUGCAGCCCUAUACUAAAAGGGCUGCAGCCUCCAAGAUACAGUCUGCUGAAAAGCUGAUGUACAUUUGCACCGACCAGCUUGGCUUGGAGCAGGAUUUUGAUCAGAAGCAGAUGGCCGAUGGGAAACUGAAUGUUGACGGUUUUAUAUUGUGUAUAGACGUGAGCAAAGGCUGCAAUAGGAAAUUUGAGGAUCAGAUGAAAUUUGUCAACAGCCUGUAUUCUCAAAUGGUCAAAUCGAAAAAGCCUAUCGUCAUUGCUGCAACAAAAUGUGACGAGUGCGUGGAGCAGUAUCUAAGGGACCUUCAGGCUUUCGCUGCAAGCAAAAAGAACCUCCUGGUGGUAGAAACGUCGGCUCGAUCUAGCAUCAAUGUAGACCUGUGUUUUAAUGCGUUAACCCAGCAGAUGGACAAAACACGAGGCAAACCCAAAACCAUUCCUUAUUUGGAGGCCUACAAAGUUCAGAGACAGUUAGUAGCCACAGUGUCCGACAAGUUUGAAAAGCGGAUUGUACAAACCGUCAGAGAUUAUCACACAAGUUGGAAAAUGGUGAGUAACACGUUGAAAAACCACCCUGACUAUGAGGAAUACAUCAACCUGGAAGGCACCCGAAAAGCUAGAAACACCCUCAACAAGCACAUAGAACAGCUGAAGCAGGAACAUAUCAGGAAAAGGAGGGAAGAAUACUUCUUGAGCCUGCCAAAAAUUCUCAAUAACUUGCUCAACAACUUGGAAGAACUUGAGAACCUUAGCUGGUCAGAGGCUCAAAGCAUCUUGAAGAGCAGGGCCGAGUUUCAAUUCUGGUUUGUGGUGCUGGAGCACACCCCGUGGGAUGAGACGGACCAAAUUGACAAAGUCAAUGACAGAAGAGUGCCCUUUGAUCUCCUCAAAACGUCGGAAGGGGAAAAGAUUUAUCAGAACCAUGUCCAACAUCUGUUCUCAGAGAAAAGACGGUUAGAAAUGAAGGAUAGAUUCAAGAAGACGUUGGAUAGAGUCCAUUUCAUCAGCCCUGGACAACCCUGGGAAGAGGUCAUGUGUUUUGUCAUGGAAGACGAGGCCUACAAGUAUAUCAGUGAAUCUGAUCGCAGGGAUGUUUACAGCCAGCAUCAGCAGGAAAUAGUUGAAAGGGCCAAAGAGGAAUUUCAGGAAAUGCUUUUUGAACACGCCGAGCUGUUUUAUGACCUUGAUUUAAACGCCACCCCAAGCUGUGACAAAAUGAGCGAGAUCCACACUGUGCUCAACGAGGAGCCCAGAUACAGAGCCCUGCAGAAACUGGCCCCGGACAGGGAGUCGCUUCUCCUCAAGCACAUCGGGUUCGUUUACCACCCCACAAAGGAGACGUGUCUGAGCGGACAGAGCUGCGUUGACAUGAAUGUCGAGCAGGUACUGGCUAACAGGCUAGUUCAGCUGGACCACAGUCGCUCUAAUCUCUACUAUAACAGUGCCAACAUUGAAAAAGUCAAUCUGUGUCUCUUGGGAAGAGAGGGUCUCGCACAAGAACUCGCAAAUGAAAUCCGAGCCCAGUCCACAGAUGACGAGUACACCCUGGAUGGGAAAAUCUAUGAACUGGAGCUUCUGCCUGUUGAUGUCAAUUCAACGUUGCUCUUUAGCCAUACAUGGGCGUCGACCUUCAAACCUCACGGAAUCUUCUGUGUCUUCAGCUCCAUAGAGUCGCUAAAUUGUAUUGGCGACUGCAUAGGGCGAAUCAGGGCAGAGAUUGCACAGAACAGGAGGGAGAGAUACGCUCAGCCAUUGCCAUUCAUUCUAAUCCUAGCAAACCAGAGAGACAGUGUUUGCAAAAAUAUGCCUAUCUUGAGGCAUCAGGGCCAACAGCUUGCAAAUAAGCUACAGUGCACCUUUGUAGACAUACCCUCUGAUACUUUUCCGCGGAAGUUUAAUGAGUUACAAAUUAAACAGGCUCUCAGAGGAGUAUUAGAAGGACUAAAGCACAACUUUGAUGUGACGAGCCCUCUGCCUUCCAUCAAAGACAUGUCAGAGACCGACUUGAGGAUCGUUAUGUGUGCCGUGUGUGGGGAUCCAUUCAGUGUGGACCUUAUCCUUUCACCAUUCCUGGAUUCACAUUCCUGCAGCGCAGGGCAACCUGGCCAAAGUAACACUCUGAUCCUCAACAAAAUCAUCGGCGACAGUCGCAGAAGAAUACAGGUCACAGUCCUCUCCUACCACUCCUCCAUCGGAAUCAGGAAGGACGAGCUUGUCCACGGAUACAUCCUGGUCUACUCGGCAAAACGCAAGUCCUCCAUGGCGAUGCUCAGAGCUUUCCUGGCGGAGGUCCAAGACGUCAUCCCUGUUCAAAUGGUGGCCAUCACAGACAGUCAAGCCGACUUCUUUGAGAACGACGAAAUCAAGGAGCUCAUGACUGAAGGGGAGCACAUCGCUACGGAGAUAACCGCCAAAUUCACAGCUCUAUACUCUCUGUCUCAGUACCAUCGGCAGACGGAAGUCUUCACACCGUUCUUCAACGAGGUGCUAGAGAAGAAGAGCAGUAUCGAGAGCGCCUUCAUGUACGAUAGCUCUCGAGACUGCAUGGGUGCGAGUGAAGAUGUCUUCCCCCAGUCUCCCCACAGUCAUUCCCCUGCUUACAAUUACUACCCUGACUCAGAGGAUGACACCGAGGCUCCUCCACCUUACAGCCCCAUCGGGGAUGACGUGCAGCUUCUUCCAACGCCUAGCGAACGUGCUAAGUACAGGAUCGAUCUGGAGGGAAACGAGUACCCUGUCCAUAGCACACCUCUCAGUGACCACGAGCGCAACCACAGAGUGCCUCCACCGGUUAGGCCCAAGCCUAUACUACCCAAGUCCAACGUCAAGAAGCUGGACCCCAAUCUCCUGAAGACCAUCGAGGCUGGGAUGAGGAGCAACAGACGACAACGCGGCCCCAUGGCCCACGGUGAAGACGUUGAGACGUCCGACAAUUACGCAGACCCCAUAGACACUCUCCUGAAAUCAAAAGGCUUCAGCGACGACAUCUACGCUGUCCCGGAGGACACCCAGAGCAGGAUUGUCAAAAUGCGCAAUUCGUUUGGGGGGCUUCACGUCUUGCACGGGGAUGAGGAGAAUGGCUUCGACCGCAAGACACAAGCCAGCAGGAGGCCCUCCAAGUAUAAGCACCGCUCAAAAAUACUCUUCAGCAAAACCAAGAUGUACCACAGACGUGUCCACUCCGACGUCAGCGACGAUGAGUCUGGGCCGGCCAUGCAGAAGAAGAAAAAGGGCAGGGCCCAUCGGGGCAGUGAGGAGGACCCCCUGCUCUCCCCUGCUGACCCCUGGAAGGGAGGGAUAGACAACCCUGCCAUCACCUCCGAUCCAGAGCAGGAUGACAUGAAGAAGAAAAAGAAGAAAACGCCAAAGACAAAGGAACCCAAAAAGCCAAAAUCCAAGCCCCCAAAGCCUUUGUACCCACCCACACGGAGGAACUGGGACAGCAACUACUUUGGUGUUCCCCUGCAGAACCUGGUCACCCCGGACCGGCCAAUCCCCUUGUUCAUUGAGAAGUGUGUGGACUACAUUGAACGCACUGGACUUAAUACAGAGGGCCUGUAUCGUGUGAGUGGAAACAAGACCGAUCAAGACAAUAUUCAGAAGCAGUUUGAUCAAGACCACAGUGUGGACCUGAUAGUGAUGGACGUGGCUGUGAAUGCUGUGGCGGGGGCUCUGAAGGCCUUCUUCGCUGACCUUCCUGAUCCUCUCAUCCCCUACAUCCUGCACCCGGAGCUGGUGGAGGCAGCCAAAAUUGUGGACCACAUAGAAAGACUUCAAGUGCUGAAAGAAAUAGUGAGGAAGUUCCCUGCCGUGAACUACGAGGUGUUUAAAUACGUCAUCACUCAUCUGAACAGGGUGAGCCAGCAGAGUAAGACUACCCUGAUGACGGCCGACAAUCUAUCCAUCUGCUUCUGGCCCACAUUGAUGCGUCCCGACUUUGAGAACAAGGACACACUCUCAACCACCAAGCUCAACCAGUCGGUCAUCGAGUCCUUCAUCCAGCAGAGCCACUACUUUUUCUACGGUGGAGACAUCCAGGAGAGCUCCAGCACCGAGAGCACCCCACCACCCCAUCACUGUCACAGCAUGGUGGAGGCCCUGCUGCCCCUGCAGCUGCCCCCUCCUCUCCAGCCCCAACAGAUCCAGCACAGUAUGUCCUUGCAGCCUGACCCACUCAUAUAGACCCCCCAGAGCCCAGGCCCCACUACCCAGGCCUCGAGCCCCAGGAUCGGAGGACCCAGGUGGGGUAGGGAGUAGGCUUGGCUGGGAGUGGUGCUGCCUGGUGGGGUUGCAUGGGGUGACGUGUCCUCCCUUCCCCCUCUCUAUGGAGUCCCCCUGACUACAAAACAACCACAUUACAUUAUCACCUUUGUUUUCUGCUCCCUUUGACUGACUGGAUUCAGGGGUGACUAACUGAUAUAGCUAUGCCCCAGGAAUAAAUAAAAAAUAGCAUUUUUCUUCUUUCAGUGCCGUACCUUUACCCAGUUUCAGACAGAUAUGACAUUGAGGGUUGAGACUGUCGACCCGUUACUCUGGUGAUGAACACCUACCUUAAUAAAGACACUAUGCCUCCAGGAGAGGGGGGGCACAAACAUGUGAUGCGGAAAUUAUUUGUUCAACUCUACACCUUGCAAAAUAUGAGGAAAAUAUAUUUAUGAUAGUUGUUUUUUGGUUUUUGUUUAUUCGAUUAAAAAAAGAAAGUCUGACUGUCAAAAACCCUCCAUUCAUUCAAGUGAACUUGACAUUACAUGAUGCACAAUCUGUUAUAAUGCUUCUACCAGUGUAGACAUUUGGCCAUGAUGAUGAUGGAUUCUUGUUUUUUUAGCAGUAUGAUUUUUGUUUUUAAAGGGAUCGAGGGAAAGAAAGACAGUGAAAGUUAGCAGGCUGGUGCUGUGGUCUUUGUCUCUCACCCGGCUCUCAAUGCCUCGUAGGGGACUCUAUGUGAAAGACUGACGGUGUCACUGAUGCUGUACUGCACCAGGCUGGGACAUAACAGACAGGCAGACAGACUGCCUGGCCUCCUCUCUUUCUCCUAUUGGAGCAGAACUCAUGCAAUUCCUGAAGCUUAUGAAGGGAGCAUCCCACUACUAGAACCCUAAUGGCACAUCUCUGCGUUAACUCUGAAACAAACGCAUUACAAAGCAGUCUGGGGUCUUUUUCUUGUUCUGUUAUUUUCUACGUACGUUUUUGUUUGUUUAAUUGAUUGAAUUUCUCCGUGGUGGUGCUUCCCACCGAAAAGAGACAUUUGUGUUGUUCUUCUGUUUGUUGAAAAAAAUGUGCAUGUCUUUUUUGUCACUUAAAAAUGACGAUGAACGAUUAAAAAAAGAAAAAAGACUGAACUUACAACUCAAGAUUAACAGCUUUCAUUCAGAUCAUAUUUUUUAUCUAACUUGAUUGAGGGAACAUUGAAACGGGGGUCAAAUUGUAUGUAUUGUUCAUUCAUUAUUUUCGUCAUGCAAAGAUGUCAAUUCUUAAUAUCAUAUUUUGGUUAUAUGUCUAUUUUGUUUCUCUUAAAUAAGGGGGAAAGUAUAUAUAUUUAUCAGCAAAUAAGAUUGCUGGUAUAGCAAAAUACCAUGGGGUACUGAAAUUCUGUAUAAUCUUGUAAAACCUACUAUAAUCAGAUUUCUUUGUUAUGAUAAACAAACAUUUUGGGUUAGAUUAAUUGUACUUAAUUCCCUUCAUUUUAUGAACACAGACUCAUUGCUUCUUUGUAGAUGGUACUGCAUUUUGUUUUGCUGUAAGUAAAAGAUGCUGCUUAGAAAGUUCUGGAAAGGAAAAGUUUAAGUUGUGAUGGAGUGAAACAGAUUGACAGAUAGAAGACAUCUUUAAGACUAUGCCUGUGACUGAAAUGGCACACUAUUCCCUACGUAGUGCACUACUUUUCACUAGAGCCCUAUGGACGCUGGUCAAAAGAAGUGCACUAUAUAGGGAAGAGGGUGCCAUUUCAGACGCAUCCGAUUAUUAUUGUUAUUUUUCUCUAUAGAGACACUCCAGAUCUGGGGUUGGGGAGAGAAGGGAUGGCGUAAAGACGUGUGAAGCAGCUGCUAGGUAGAAUAUACCUUUUGUGUAGUUUCAAUAAAAAGCAACUUUAUUUGUUCAUAAGAUCUGCCUCAUUCAAGCCAGUGUACAAACUCUUAAGAUUUUAACAUCUGCUAUGUAUUAUAGUAAAUAAAUGAUUUUGAGAGAAAAAAAA